AGUAUCGAAUUCCACUCUUGGAAGUUGUGGGUAUCACAUCCACAAUGAAAACUUACUCUCUUAUGUUUGCAUAUUUGAAUAAUGAGACAAAAGAGCGACUGAUAUGGGCAUUGGAUACUUUAAAGAGAUGGAUGGUUGGAAAAGGGGCAGCGUUGCCAUCAGUGGUUGUUUCAGAUAGGGAUCUGGCACUUCUUGGCGCCAUUGAAAUAUGUUUCUCCUUGGCACAUCACAUCCUUUGUAUUUGGCACAUAAACCAGUGUGCAAUGAAGAAGUGCAGCCCUAUGCUUGGUACGAGGUGGGACGAGUUUUCCGAGGCAUGGCAGUUGCUUAUUCAUUCAUCGACACCAAUGUCUUUGCAACAAAGGUGGAAUGCCAUGUGCGGAAACUUUGAGCAAUACUCUAAUGCCAUACAAUACCUUUGGGAUAUAUGGUUGGGUCCUUACAAAGAGCGAUUUGUUGCAGCAUAUAUAAACCAGUUUAUUCACCUCGGGAGCAAUUCAAGCCAAAGGGCAGAGUCUGCGCAUGCGAGACUCAAACGAUACUUGGGAGAUACCAUGUCCUCGCUUCAAACAUCUUUUCAGAAAAUAGAAAAGAUGUUGACCAGUCAAUUCGGGGAUAUUCAGGGGUCGUUCCAAAAAUCUCUCAACAUUCCACGACACAUAUAUCUACAUGAAGGCAUUUAUAGUGAAAUCAGAGGUCGCAUUUCAUUACAGGCAAUGGACUUGAUCCAUAAGCAGGCACAGCGCACUGAUAACAAAGCCGGCCUUUGCUUUUGUAAAAUCAAAAGGACACACGGAUUGCCAUGCUUUCAUGAUAUUGCAAUUUACCGUUCUGUGGAUAGACCAAUUCCGCUAAGCUCUAUCCACCGUCACUGGAGUACGUUGUCCAUGCACGCCCAGAGGCAUACUAACGAGGGAGCACGAUCCGACAGGGCAGCUCAGCUUAUUGAAAGAUUAAAUGAAAUGGAUUCCAACAGUCGAGAGUCUAUGAUGGACAGGUUUCUCGAUAUGGCGGAUCCAUCUCGUUGCACAGUUCGACCCCCAUCAUACAACACAGAACACAGGGGGUCGACCUACAAGCAGAGAUGAGCAAAAUAGAGGUCACAUACCUUCCUUCACAGUAUCCACUUCAGAAUCUCGGGCCUCACGUAUUCCAACAUCGCGAAGGAGCAAUGGGAGGGAUCACCUCGUUGACAAAUUUCCUCAGCAGUAUCAGCGUUAUAUUUCCCACUGUGUUGACGUUCGACCUGACGGUCAUUGUGGCUUCAGG